AUGGCCGCCGGAAGCGUCGGUGUGCAGCCCGAGCCGCUGCCGCUCGGAGAUGAGGCUCCGCUGACGCCUGCUGCGCGCGUCAAGCGCGCGCUCACCUUCUGGGGACGCGUACUGCCCAUCCUCGGGGCGUACAAGGUUGUGGAGGUCGCCGCCAAUCUGCCUGCGCCACUCCGGCUCGCUGUCGGCCUGUCCGGCGUGAGGAUACCCGAGACCGAAACAGAGAGCGGCGAGGUGUACGAGGAGCUGCACGAGUGGGGCUCGCAGCGGCUCGAGUCGACGAUUCAGGAGCUCAAGGGCUUCUAUGUAAAGACCGGGCAGGUCAUCUCCACGCGCGUCGACCUCUUUCCGGAGCAGUACACGAGCCGACUCGCUAGCCUGCAAGACUCGCUCGAUCCGAUGCCUGCAGCGGUGGUGAGAGAGGUCAUCGAGCGGGAGCUGCUGCAGGGCGAGCCGAUCUCCUCCCUCUUCGCCUCCUUCGACGACGAGCCGCUCGGCGCCGCCUCGAUCGCGCAGGUGCACGGCGCGACGCUGCUCGACGGGCGCAGAGUCGCAGUCAAGGUCCAACGCCCAAACUGCGAGCCGAAGCUCAAGGGCGACAUCUCGAACCUGAAGCGGUUCGCAAAGGCGCUGGGCAAGGCCCUGCCCGUGGACUACUACACCGUCUUCUGCGAGCUCGAGCGCGCCCUCUACGGCGAGCUCGACUUCCUGCAGGAGGCGCAGAGCGCGCUCAAGGUGCACGCGAGCGUCUCGCACACCGCGGGAGGCAAGCCAGCCGAGCCGGCGGUGGCGGUGCCUCUUCCGGUGCCGGGGCUCGCGUCGCGCCGCGUGCUAGUGAUGGACUUCAUCCCCGGCACGCCGCUCAACAAGAUGGCGGCCGUGCUCGAGGAGCGCGGCAUCAAGCCCGGCAGCCCGGAGUCGGAGCUCGCAGGCCGAGGCCGCCGCAUCCUCGCGCAGCUGACCGAGGCCUUCGGCCGGAUGAUGCUCGGCGCUGGCUUCAUCCACGGGGACCCGCACCCCGGCAACAUCUUCCUGAUGGAGGGGGCUCGCGUCGCCCUCAUCGACUGCGGGCAGGUCAAGCAGAUCUCGACCGAUUUCCGGCUCAAGCUCGCGCAGGCUGUCCUCUCGGUCGACGAGUGGCAGCAGACGGGCGGCUCGCCCGAGCUUGUGCAGCGCGCGAAGGAGUCGAUGGCCGAGUUCGGCGUCACGUUCGUCGACGACGCGCCCGACGAGGCGGCGGCCGCCCUCGCCCUGCUCCUGUUCGGCGACCCAGACGCGCCGAUGCCUGGCGGCUUCUCCAACGCGGAGCUCUCGCCCGACUCGCCGAUCAAGGCGAUCGCCUCCUUCCCGCAGGAGCUCGUCCUCCUCGGCCGCGCGACCAUCCUGAUCAAGGGCAUCGCAAAGCGGCUCGGCGUCCGAUGGUCCCUCGCGGCAAAGUGGAAGCCAGCCGCCGAGGCGGCGCUCGAGUGCGGAGUCGACGGCUGCACCAUGCCCGUCUGGUCCUCCCCUGUCCAGCCGGCGGUCACACCGGCUGCGAGCGCCGCGCGCGCUGCUGGCCGCACGCGCUUCGCAGAGGUGGCCUCCUCGCUCUCGGCCGCUGGGAAGCUCCUUGGCUCGUGGGCGAUCGGCCGCUCAGGCGCGGCCGCCCGCUACGUGGUCCCCGAGCCGAUCAGGGCGCGGGCGAAGAAGGUCGCUCUUCGAGUCGCCACGCGGGUGGCAAGGGCUAGGGAUACAGCAUGA